AUGACGUCCAACAUCUUCUCUCGGAUAGCUCCGCCUUCGCGAGGCAGUCGAUCCUUCUAUGAACAGUUGCGUUCCCGUGACGACGACGCAUAUGGGGACGAUCAUCCCGGGCUGGACGAGGAAAACCUGGGACAACAUUUCAACGAUUUUGAUGCAGAGGGCCUGGCAGUCGGUGAUAGCCGCAUGACGGUCGACAGCGCGGCCUUUGACACAAAAGACAACGCCCGGACUACCCGUCAAGCCGCCGCCCACGCACGGCAUUUUGGUGGACAACCUUCCAGAUGGCCAGCCCACCAGGACGAUGAGGUGGACAACGAUGUACCAGCAUCUCUACUAGUAGAAGCCAAUGAAGCCGAGAAUCUUCUACCGGCUCCACCAAGGCGUUCAGGACGACAUCCGGACCCUGCUCCACAAGCGAGCGCUGGGCCAUCGUCAGCAAGAGCUCGGGCGCAAUGGGAUGCAGCAACAACGCAGCAACGACUUCACCAGGAAGAUCCAUUUAGUGCCACCUCAGGGCCUCAACCUAGGCCCGUAGUAAGAGGGAUAGUUUCAGGAGGUCCUCGGGAGAAGGCUCUCUGGAGGUGGGUUAACACCUCGAAUUUGGAUAGCUUUAUGCGGGACGUGUACGACUAUUACGAAGGAGGUGGGCUGUGGUGCAUUUUAUGCGCCAACGCUUUGUGGUUACUUGAGACUCUCUUCGUGGCCGUGCUGUUGACAUUCCUGUGCCAAUGUGUCGACUAUUCCAAGGUCCCUGGUAGCCAGUCUUUGAAUGAAAUCGUCAUCAAGCAAUGCACCAGCAAAAUGUCCGGGUUCUGGAAUUUCGGAAUCUGGCUGUAUUCGUUCUUCUUCAUCUGGAAGUCGGUACAGUAUUUCGUCGAGAUCCGGCGCCUCAUUUAUAUCAGAGACUUUUACAUACACCUUCUGGAUAUUCCGGAACAAGACAUGCAAACUGUAUCCUGGCAGGACGUUGUGGCCAGACUCAUGACACUGCGGGACCAGAACCCGAAAACGGCCACAAACAUAUCCAAGAGUCUGCGCCGCUUCAUUGGAAGCCAAUCAAAAGAGAGGCUCGAUGCCCAUGACAUCGCCAACCGCUUGAUGCGCAAAGACAAUUACCUGAUUGCAAUGAUUAACAAGGAUGUUCUGGACCUUUCUCUGCCCGUGCCUUUUUUCGGAGGCCGUCAGUUAUUCUCCAAGACGAUGGAGUGGUACCUGCAUUAUUGCAUCCUAGACAUGGCAUUCAACGAGCUAGGCCAGGUCCAACAAGAUUUUCUCCGGGCAGAUCGAAGAGGCGUUCUGAGCCAGAAGCUAAAACAGCGGCUCUAUUUUGCCGGAUUUCUAAAUCUCAUCUUUGCCCCCGUCGUUCUCGCCUAUGUUGUCAUCGUCUAUUUCUUCACAUACUACAAUGAAUAUCAGAAGGACCCAAAACUCGCAGCUGCGCGCAAGUACACGUCCCUGGCCGAGUGGAAGUUUCGGGAGUUCAACGAGUUGCCACAUAUCUUCUACGAACGGCUGCAUAUGUCUGUACCAUUCGCUACUCGGUAUAUCGAUCAAUUUCCCAAGCGGAUGACCGAAGAUAUUGCCCGAAGUGUCGCGUUCAUGACCGGAGCGAUUACUGCUAUCCUGGCGGUGGGCUCCAUUCUAGACUCGGAGCUGUUCCUGAAUUUUGAAAUCACCAAAGACAGGACGGUACUUUUCUACCUGGGCAUUUUUGGUGCCAUUUGGGCCAUCACCCGAGGAAUGGUCUCAGAAGAAACACUCGUGUUCAACCCAGAGUAUGCGCUGCGUAACGUCAUCGAAUACACCCAUUACAUGCCAGACCACUGGCACGGUCGACUGCAUAGCUUCGAGGUGAAGCUGGAAUUUGCUGAGCUGUAUAAGAUGAAGGUAGUAAUUUUCCUGGAGGAGGUGAUGGGCAUCAUCACUACACCGAUGUUGCUUCUGUUCGCGUUACCCAAGUGCAGCGACCAAAUCAUUGACUUUUUCCGUGAGUUUACGAUUCACGUGGAUGGACUUGGUUACGUGUGUUCGUUCGCUGUAUUCGACUUCCAGAAAGGGGUUGGGAAUACAGGACAACCAGACAGACAUCAGGAUGUGCGGGAAGACUAUUACUCGACAAAGCAUGGCAAGAUGGCAGCUUCAUACUACGGUUUUAUUGACAACUACGUCAUUAACCCAAAGACGGGGAUCCCUGGACACAUGCCACCAGGAUCGCGGCCACCUUUCCAUCCUCCGCCAGCUUUCCCGGGGCUCAACUCACCAACGUUGGCAGCGGAUAUGCAGGGCUCGCACAUGGGACGGGCGGAGGUAGGUAGGGCAAGAAGUAGGGCUCCCGGCCCGGGACGAGGACCACGAGCUGGACCAACGAUCCCACCGCCGUCCCCAAUGGCAUCUAUGUUACUGGAUCAACACCACCAACCAGCCGCUGGGAACCUCGGAGCACGGAGCUUGUACUUGUCAAGACAUCCUCGUGUCGGGUAUCGAGGAGAGAGCCAGAUUAUUGAGGAAUCACUGGAAGAUGGCGGCGGGGACCGACGACCAAGACAGGAAGAAUCCGUGUAUGAAGCCGGGGGAAUAUUGGGCGAAUCAACAUGGGAAACGUCACCUGGGAAGGGUCUCAGCCGAGAGAACAGCGCAGCCAACACUGAGGAGACGGAUGCUGGCGUGCUGGGGCUCAUUUAUCAGUUGCGACAGACACAGCGGCCACGCCGGGGUGGAGGCAUGGUAUAA